AUGUCGCCAACUAAGACCUCCGAGCAAAAGCGUUCCUGGCAUUCCUCCGGAGGGGGAGGGAGCUCUUCAUCUUCGUCCUCGCCCUCACGAGCUUCUGCUGGGCCAACCACACCAGAGUUGGUUGUGAGCAAGUCGCCACUAUUAGAGGAAAAUGCAAAUGCGAAUGGCAAUGGGUGGAAUGGCAAGAACGAGCCUCCAGUCUUUGUCCAAUCCUUUGGUCAGUCGGUAGGCCAAUUACGGAUUGCGACUGUCUUCGAGAAAGAGCCGGACUCUUACGUGCAAAGACGAAAGGCCCUAGGUGCGUGGCCACCAGUCAGCAAGAUAGGUAGCCCCAUACAGAGUCAGAUGAGUCAAGAGAAGAACAUUCUCGGUCAAGGUUUGCCUUGUCCUUUACGGCCUACAACGAGUAAUUUGCUGACGAAGGCCGAGCUGGAGGCGAAUGAAGAGAGCAUGUUUGAACAGUGGAGUGCAAAUGUGAGGGAACAGAUAGCUACGUAUCUGAACGACCCAAGAACCGAGGAGGAAAUCGCCAAAGACCAAGGUGAAAGUACUGGCACUUACGGGUAGGUUAAAGGUGCUUUUGUUACCGUUUGUUAUGGCUCUCCUAAGGCUAAGAGGGACAGCCAUAACAAGCGGCUUAAACGAACGCGAAAAACCUACCUCUAAGGUACGGCUUCUCGUUCGGCAGCGAGAACGACUGGGCCUCCGAGUGCAACAAGAAAAAGGUCCAAGCGCAGAACAAGUGGUGAAGGCGUGCUGGGAGAGGGGGAACCGUCACGCAUAGAAGCGGGAGGAGCUAACCACCACUUUACUAAAGAAGCUGCAGGUGACACCUUGGAUGGACAUGAAGCAGAAACACAAAACAACCAUGUGAUUGUGCAGCCUGAUGGGUCUACGGCGCCUGUGGUUUUUCCGAUCAAGUCAUCUUCGUUGGCGAAUCCCGAAGCAGAAAUAGAUCAAAUUGAAAAAGAAAAACCAGUUACUUCAUCAUCAUCAUCAUCAAUAACAACAUCAUCACCAAAAGACCCCAUCGAUACGAUCCUGUGUAACUCCCUACCACCGAUCGAAUAUGGUCUCGAUGUCUGGCGGCAACUCUGGCGCACAGUAGAGCAAAGUGGUGUCCUGAUCAUCUGUGCUGAUGCACGCAAUCCGCUCCUCCAUAUACCAGUAGACGUAGCUCAAAUCGUGCAAGGCAAGCCCACGAUGCUGGUACUUACAAAAGUCGAUUUGGUCUUACCAGAGGAAUAUCGGGGGUGGAGGGAAUAUUUUCUCUCUCGUGGUGAACAACAUGAACAUUCUUCUUCUUCUUCUCCAUUGAAGUUCGACGCUGUGCUGCCUUUCACCAAGCAGCCACACCCAGACCGGGAAAGCCACAUAAAUUUCGUGAAGACCUUGGGUGCGGGAUUUCGGCGGAAGAGGUUAAAACAGCCAGCAGGCAAGAAAAGCGACAUGAGGACGACCGUGGAUGCAUACGUGGAUGACAUUUUAGACCAAGCAAUAGAAUUGAUGAGCAAGAACAAGAAGAAUAUGAAGGAGAACAUCGACCAUCAUGUGGACGAUCAUCCUCAACAUAAGCAGGCGGAUCAUGGGGACGAUUAUCACGGAAAAAUUGCCGACGCACCAGCUGUACUAGGAGGAUCGUUGUCGCGCAAAGACAAGAUGGUGAUCGGCUGCAUAGGUCAUCCGAAUGCCGGAAAGAGCAGUCUGCUGAACGCCAUCAUCGGUUCUAAAAAACUAGGUGUGUCACGAACCGCAGGUCACACCAAACACAUCCAACAUAUCUAUCUACCCACCACUCGUGGAGGUGGAGGAGGUGCAUCCCCUCGUGGAGGUGGGGGGUUGACUCCUCGUCGUUUAAACGUACAGGAUAAAGUGGUAGUGGAGCGUAAAAAAUCGGAUGAACAACGAGUUCAAAAGGGUUCAAGCCCAAAUGUUGAACAACAGGCUCCUACACAACUACAAGCUUCUAGUACCGAACGCGGCAAAGGUGGGCGAUCUAAACCGCGACGUGAGAUAUUAAAUGAAGUUCAACAGACGCAGACCUUGUCCAAGUCGGAAAUGAAAGCGAUGAAAAACGAACUACGAACAGAUUAUCGUGAGAAGCAAAGAGGAGUUCUCACUGUAAGCGAGACUAAACUAAAGGGCGGAAAAAACAAGAAUAAGCGCGGCGGGGGAGGACGUGGUGCUCGUGGUGGUGAGCAGAAUCAUGAAGAGAAAGUGGAAGACGGAGAGCCAGAAGACCAUGAAGAGGAGGCUGGAAAAAACGACAGGGCUCCUACUACCUGUCGAAGGAGAAAUAGUUUUCCUGACGAAGAGGAAGAUGCUGAUCAGAAGCUGAUGGCACAUUUGCAGGAGUCGGAGAAUCUUGAUCUUCUCACUCAUGAUGAAGACCAUGACCAACAUGACGAAGAUGCUCAUCUCCCCAGAACCGCUUCCACAACUGAAGACUUGAUCGUGAUGGAUUGUCCAGGCUUAAUUUUUCCUAGAAAGAACUGUCCUCGCUUUGUCUACGAGCUUGCUGGUUUGGUCCCCAUUGCGCAGAUUCGGGAGAGCUACUCAGCUAUCCGUUUUCUAGCCUCGCAGUUGCCACUAGACCGCAUUUAUUCUCUGGAAUUUCCAGAUUGGGCUAGGGAAGAAGGAGGUGGCCAAGCAGGAGAAAAUGAUAUCAAUGAAGAUACCUCAAGAACAUCCCUGUCAUGGACACCAGCUUUGUUACUCGAGAGCUAUGCAGAGAAAAAGCAUUACACUCUGGCGCGAAGCGGAUCUCCGGACAUUCACAGGGCUGGCUUGGAAAUCAUAAGAGACUGCGUUGACGGAGUCGUUUGUUGGAGGAUUCCACCUCCUUCUACUUAGAAGAACAAACAGUCCAAGAGCAUGAUCCCAAACCCAAAGCUUUUAUUGGUACACCAUUCAUUUGAAUCUUCAGCGAAGACAACAACAACAAGGCGCAGAUGAUGAAUCUUCAGCGAACAUGGC